AUGUGUGACUUGGUCAUGAAGUUCUGUAAACAUAUGAAAGGCAAAUUGUCAAGCCAAUAAACACUCGACCUACGUUUUGACAAUACUGAGAAUAUCUUUUGGAUCAUCAAUACUGCUCGUUUGUAUAUCUAUUAUAGAAAUUACGUCAAUACACUCUCUCAGACUGUCAAUGUAUUAAUGGCUUGAUAAUAUUAUUGAACGUGUGAGGGUGCGUUGGCAUAUAGAGUUGUUAUGCUGCUGUUGGAGUGUUGGUGCAUAGCACUUGAAAGGCUUUGGCAAUGAAUGUAUGUAUUCUGUGGCCGUGUGGUGUUUUGUUUAUCUGUUGUACGCACGUGUUGAUGUGUUUGUGAGUCUCAGUUGAAAAGUGGGAAAACAAAUGUGCAGUGUAUCGUAACCCCCUUCUCGCCGGUAGUGUUUAAUUAUUUAUUUUGAAAAUUUUGUUGAAGAAAUGGGCAAAACUAAAAAGAUCAAGCAAGAGCCUGGUGCAGAAAAUGAACCAGCAGCUGAGGAGCAAGAAACAGCUGAAAUUCUCGAUGUUUCCACAAUUAAGAAGGAAGACUUGAGUUAUGACGAGAAGUGUGCAUUUGCUACGUCGAUUGCAAAACCAAUGGCCUCAAGGAAGCUUGCAAAGAAACUGUAUAAAUUAAUUAAGAAAGCGGCAGCCCACAAAACAUAUCUGCGGAAUGGUCUUAAGGAUGUACAGAGGAGGAUAAGGAAAGGAGAAACAGGAAUUGUGGUGUUGGCAGGGGAUGUGACACCAAUUGACAUAAUGUGCCACCUUCCAGUUGUCUGUGAGGAUAGAAAUAUACCAUAUGUGUAUACACCAUCGCGUCAAGAUCUUGGACAAGCUAUGGGUGUGAAAAGGAGCUGUAUUGUCAUGAUGGUGCGUGAACAUCAAGAAUAUAAAGAUACUUUUGAUGAAUUAACAAAAGAACUAAAGACAUUGACUUACCCAAUUUAAAUGCUUUUGUAUUUUGUCGGUGAAUAAUUAUUGAAGAAAUCUCCGAUCUCAUUAGAGAGAAUAAAUGUGGGGGUACUGGGAACAGUUACUGUAAAUGACUAUGCAUUUUUCAAAAAAAUAUUUAAUGCAUUUAAUAUGAACUAUUGCACACAACUUGACUGUGACAUUGCUUUGGUAAAGUGAGAAAUCUUUGUUCAUGAAUGUGAAUGCAUUAUUAAUAAAAACUGACUUUGAUGUAUCAUAAAUGCAUAAGUCAAUGAUCAAAUAAACUAGUAAUUUUUAA